AUGAAUAUCUUCAGGUUCCUCGGGGACAUGUCCCACUUGGCGUCCAUUCUCCUCUUGUUGUACAAGAUUCAAACAACGCGAUCAUGUCGAGGUAUAUCCUUCAAGACACAGGCCCUCUACGUCACUGUCUUUGUUGCACGUUACCUGGAUCUGUUCUACGAAUGGGUGUCGCUGUACAACUUUACUAUGAAGGUGUUCUUCAUUGCGAGCAGCUCGUACAUUCUGUACCUGAUGAAAGUCAAGUACCGACCAACCAACGACCCGUCCAUUGACACCUUCCGCGUGGAGUAUCUCGUCGGGCCGUGUGUUAUUCUUGCCUUACUCUUCCACUACAAGUUCAAGAUCAGCGAGAUACUCUGGUCAUUCUCCAUCUUCCUGGAGUCUGUCGCCAUUUUGCCUCAGCUUUUCAUGCUUCAGCGGACGGGGGAGGCCGAGACGAUCACGACGCAUUACCUUGCUGCGCUGGGCGCGUAUAGAGCUUUCUAUAUUCCGAAUUGGAUAUACCGCUAUUGGACGGAGGAUUUAAUUGACCCAAUCGCUGUCACGUCGGGUAUCGUCCAGACGGCACUGUAUCUGGACUUUUUCUAUGUCUACUUUACAAAAGUCCUACAAGGACAGAAGUUCGAAUUGCCUGCAUGA